AUGUCCCUUGCAAGCUGUCCAUGUGGUUGCUCCUACUAUCCGCCGGCUACACCACUUGACUGGACCCACGACUCUCCAAAUGCAUCGACCGACUGCCAUCUCAUACCACUAGCUGCACAACCAGAGUCGCAAUGGCAAACCCUCGAACCAGGCAUGCCCGAUCUCCCAAUCGAUAUCGUGGGUGAAACCGCACCACACUGGUCUUGUUGGCCAUAUGCCGACCCCUGGCCGUACACUAAUAAUGCCCUUCUCACGAUGAAUCAUGGCGCAUCUCCCGACAUAGUUCAACCUCCAGGCUUCGAAGUAAUGGACCACCAACCAACGCUUCUCGACACCAGUGUCUAUUCCCAGGGUCAAAAAUCAGACCACGGUGACGUCAUACAGUUUGGAGAAACAACAUUGGAUCCCCCCCUGGAUGUCGUUUCACCCUGUUCUGAAACAUUCAAAUGCGAGUGGGAGAAUUGUUCGUUUCUCGGGACGUUCGGAUGCAAGACCGAUCUGGUGGAUCAUGUUGGAAAGCACCAUACAUCUCGCAUGACGGGCAGAUGCCAAUGGAAGGACUGUUCCUGCCCCACAAUCUUCAGUCGCAGCGGCGACUUGAAGCGUCACACCGAAACGCAGCAUACAUGCCGCACCAUGCAUCGAUGUCCUCUCCCAGAGUGCGAGUCCGAGUACAAUAGGCGUGAUAACCUGCGGAAGCACUGGCGAACAAAACAUGAGAGACUUGCAGGCACAUUGACGCUUGAAGAAUACAUAUCGCUUGAUGUUAGUCUGCCAUAG